ACUUCUUCUGGACGUUUGAAUUUCGACUUUUAAACAUGCUCGAGGGAGUUGUAAGCAGCCGCCUGAACUUGAUUGCCUAUUUACAACUUCUAUGUUCACCAUACACAUCCUUGGGGUCUCCAGUGACGACAGUCGUGUUCCCUGAGAUCAUAGCCGAACGAAGUGACAGUGGACAACUGCUCGUUGCCAUUCGUUCUGGUCAGACUUUGACUCUGAGAAAGGCGUCCGUGUUCCUGGAAAGACUCGAAGUCGCAACGUUGGAAGAUAAUCGGAGAACAUUUCACUACAUGAACGGAUCAGGAAUGGAACGGAACCUCUACCACGACCCGCAAGCAGGUGCCGCCGUCAUGCUUAAGCGGGCCCGGGGACUUCGACUUGUCGGAAUUCUGAGUCCUACCGAGAGAAUACAGCCCUCACCUACCUCACAGUAUCAUCCCAGGGGCAGCAUUAAACAUGAGAUUCUGCCUUUAGAACAGAGGAAAUCUGACAACGAAAUUUCAUUAGAAGCCCGUCUAGAAGGUCUUGGUCAGUACUCCAGAUCUACGAAGUCUGAUAUUCUUAACAAGACGGAAAACAAAGUACUCGAAGCAAGAUCUAGAUCGUCACCUUACCCUGUGAUUGCCACCUGCGAGACCCGCAUCGCCGUGGACUCCGCAUUCUUUAGGUCAUUUUGUUACAACAAAGAGGAACUUCUGGAGUACUUGGCCGUCCUCGUAGCGUUUACGAACUUGAAGUUCAGCACGUUUCUAGACACGACAUUGCGUUUGCAAAUGAUUGUGACGGGAGUUGUUAUUUUUCAAAACUCGGAAGAGUCAUUCAUCAAGAAACCGUGGAACGAUACUUCCGUCAUGCUUAGCGACACGCUGACAAAUCUCAAUUCAUAUGUAAAUGGUAACAAUAUAUUUCGCUACGACGACGUUGUCGUACUCAUCACAGGACUUGACUUGGCUGCGAGUUACGGUGCUAACCGAGCUCCUGGCAAAAGUAUAGCAGGGUACGCGCAUAUCGGAACUGCUUGCACUCGGAACAAAGCUGGGAUUGUGGAGGACGUCCCACGGACGUUCAGCAGCGCACACACCAUGGCCCACGAGAUCGCACAUUUGAUAGGCUCAGUGCACGAUGGCUCUACAAAUAGCCACAGCAAUGUCAAUAUGGCUCUAUGUCCGGCGAGCGAGAAUAAGAUCAUGUCACCGACAGCAGGCACAUACAAGCGGCAGGAGUUCUCUUACUGCAGUACAGUCCAAGUGGCACAGUUUAUACUGAUUGGUAAAGGGAAGUGCUUGCAAGAUAAUAUCGCUACGCAGCAUACUACAAGGCUAACCUUCACUAAUGUUAACAAGACAAGGCCGUCGUUGGACGAAUUUUGCAGACGCCACUACACAGAAUAUAGUGGUACUCGUUAUACAGAAUCUGGGAUAAAUAGACUGAGCCUUGAAAAUUGCAUGAUAACAUGCACGUGGCCUACCAAACCAGGUCAUGUAAUUAUCAACGACGCACCUGAUGGCACGAGCUGCAGCAAAUCAGCACCGCAUUUGAUUUGCAUCAACGGUAAAUGCACUCACAUUGAAGAUGUCCAGACAUUCGGAGACGAUGUUAAGUACUCGGUGGACUACUUGCGUUAGACCUCGUGAAAAUAUGAUAAUCGAAUUCGCAAGUCAUCAACAAAUAAAGUGUCAUGACAACAUUUUCGCGUUUACCGAAAAGUAAACAGAAAUACUAAAAUGAUAUUCACAACA